AUGUCGGACUGGGGGCCGGUGGUGAUCGCGGUGGUGCUGUUCGUGCUGCUGUCGCCGGGGCUGCUGCUGCAGCUCCCCGGGAAGCACCACUUCGUGGAGUUCGGCAACAUGCACACCAGCGCCAUGGCCAUCCUCGUCCACGCCAUCAUCUACUUCGCCCUCAUCGCGCUCUUCGUCAUCGUCAUCGGCGUGCACAUCACCACUGACUAG